UUUUAAACAAGGACGUACAACAAGUCCACUAUUAACUCAAAAUAUGUUACACAAUCACCAAUCUUCAUCAGUUUCAUUUUACCACCCGCAUGGUAUGGUGGACAACAAUGUUGCUUCAACUAGCUAUUUCAUGCAAGAUGUAGAUAUUGAUGACGUGGAUGUAGAUGAUUCGUAUGUGGAUUAUGAAGAUCUAAAUACUAUGCUUGCUGAAUCGUCUAUCGGGUUAUGGGAUAUCGGUGACCCAAAUUGUGUAUGCCCUUUUUGUGAGGCUCUGUUUUGGUAUGAAGAGAGAAAUGAAUCGAGCUCUACAAAAGCAAACCCAAAGUACUCCCUUUGUUGUUCACAGAAUAAGGUCCAACUCCCG